CAGACUCAGGAGUGAAGCAUAUUUCUUCUCUUCUGGAGGAUCUCAACUGUAAACUGGAGGAACUAGACCUGAGGAACUGCAGCAUUGGAGAGGAAGGUUUCACAGCUCUUGCAUCAGCACUGAGAUCAAACCCCUCACACAUGAGAGAGCUGUGGCUGGAGGGGAGUAAAGCAACAGACUCAGGAGUGAAGCAUCUUUCUUCUCUUCUGGAGGAUCCCAACUGUAAGCUAGAGAGACUAGACCUGGAGAGCUGCAGUAUAACAGAUGAAGGUUUCAGAAUGUUAGCAUCAGCGCUGAGAUCAGAACCAUCAGCCCUCAGAGAUCUCUGGCUGGGGGAGAUUCAGCCUGGACCUUCAGCACAGCAGCUGCUCUCUGAACUGAAGAAACAUCCACACUGUAAACACAUACAAAUACAUGGAGAACUCAAGAAGCGGCAGUGUAAAGCUCUAUUUGACCAUGUACCUCAGGAUGUGGAUGAGCUGGAGUUAAAAGUUGGAGACGUCGUUGAGAUCACGGAAGAAGUGGAAGAGGGGUGGUGGAGUGGUGUGUUGAAUGGGAAGUUUGGUCUCUUCCCCUCUAACUUUGUGAAGGAAAUGGAGGAAAGUGAUGAUGCAGAUGCUGACAAUGGUAACACAGAAGCAGAACUCAAGAAGCGGCAGUGUAAAGCUCUAUUUGACUUUGCACCUCAGUAUGAGGAUGAGCUGGAGUUAAAAGUUGGAGACGUCGUUGAGAUCAUUGAAGAUGUGGAAGAGGGGUGGUGGAGUGGUGUGUUGAAUGGGAAGUUUGGUCUCUUCCCCUCUAACUGUGUGAAGGAAAUGGAGGAAAGUGAUGAUGCAGAUGCUGACAAUGGUAACACAGAAGCAGAACUCAAGAAGCGGCAGUGUAAAGCUCUAUUUGACUUUGCACCUCAGUAUGAGGAUGAGCUGGAGUUAAAAGUUGGAGACGUCAUUGAGAUCAUUGAAGAUGUGGAAGAGGGGUGGUGGAGUGGUGUGUUGAAUGGGAAGUUUGGUCUCUUCCCCUCUAACUGUGUGAAGGAAAUGGAGGAAAGCGAUGAUGCAGAUGCUGACAAUGGUAACACAGAAGCAGUUGAUGAAGUGUUUAAUCCAGAGCUGCCGAGUGUUUCACAUGGGUCUGAAGUCAUCAGGGAAGAUUCCUCAGAAAGCGCUGUUCUGGACCAAGAGAAUUUGGAUUCUGUAGACAAUCCUGACCGGAGGACAGAUGUGAGAGGACUGUCUGAAGAUAUGGCUGAGUUGGACAUUUCGGCUGGUGAAACUCAGUGUAUGUAUGACAGACGACCAAACUGCUGCAAAUCCUGUGAAGAUGUUGAAGACACUUCCCACUGGAUCCUGAUGGGACCCUCUGUUUCCAUGGAGACAGGAGUCCCAGUGUAUACACACAGCUCUCCACCAGGAAGUUUUGAGUGCACAGUGUCUGGUUUGCGCUGGGUGUGUGUGGUUGAAGUCUCUCUACAGUAUCACUUUAGUGACCCCCAUGUAUACGGAGCAGAGCUUGCCAUGUUGCAGUAUGAACCAAUUGGUCCCUUGAUGGACAUCAAAGUGCUCUCAGGUGAACUGUUGGAGGCUCAUCUGCCCCAUUUUGCCUGUCUGGAAGGUUCAGAUUCCUCUCUUAGAGAGGCUGUGAGAGUUCUGCAUGGGGUCAACAGCAGUGUGACUCUAGAGAAAUGUGAGCUGACCCGCUUCCAUGCAAAGCUCCUCAAGCCUUCCUUCUCACUGACACAAAUCCUGGUGAAAAUCGCAACCUUAUUGAAAGCCCACCUAGAAGUGCGAAUUUACCGGACCAGGGUGACACCCUCACUCUUCACAUACGUUGUGCCAAGGGAUGCUUUCAUGAUUCAGGCUGUUAAAGAUGAUUCAAGCCGGUUCCAAGAUGCAGAAGAGAUCAUAACACAUCGACCGAACAUCCCCAUUCGGAGGAACACUGAGUUUAGCCUAAAAGCAUCCCUCUGUGAUGCUGAGAUCGACCCAUCGGAGAUCACCCUUAAAUACAUUGCCCCUCCAGAGUUUUUCAAGGUGGUCAUUGAAAACGUAGGGAACCAUUUUUAUUUGGAACUGACAAGUAAGGGGAAAACCAUAUGGAAAGCGAAAUUUAAUAGCUCUGAAUAUGGCGAGACUGGACAUGGUCAUGGAAUUCCCUUAGAAGCAUCUAGACGUGAUACUUCAAACAAAGAUCGACUAUCCCGUAUUAAGCCUGAUCUCAUCGAGAGGACAUCAGAAGGUGUACUGAAAGGUCUGCUGUCAAGACUUGAAUCCCAUCAGCCACCUGUGUUGCACAGUACGGAAGUACAAAACAUCCUGCAGAAGACCAGUGUGCUGCAGGACCAGGUGACCUCCCUCAUCAACAUGGUGCUGAAUAAGGGAGAUAAAGCCUGUGGUGUCAUGCUCUGCCUUCUCAAAGAAUUAGAUGGCUACCUUUCUGAAGACCUUGGCCUGUAGGAAGAAAUCAAUACUGCAUGGUUGGUAAGGACCAUGAAAUUAGAAAAGAGUUGAAUGUACUCCAUUCUAUUAUAUUGCUCUCUAAUUCACUCUGAAUUCAUUCUGUAAAACCACUGUUUCUGAAAUACAUGUGGUAUCAUGCUCUGCCUGCUCAAAUAAUUAGAUAACUACAUGUCUUGGCCUGUAGGAUGAAACCUUCCUAUACUGUCGGUGGGACAUUUGUGUGGUGCAUUGGUGAGGACUCUUAAAUGAGAAAAGACUUGAAUGGUCAUGUCAUCAUCAUUAUACUCCAUGAUGUCAGCCAUGUCACUGAUGCACAUCAUCCAUCUCCAUUCUAUUAUUGUUCUCUAAUUCACUGAAUUAAUUUAGGAAAACCACAACCUGUUCCUGGAAUGCUGCUGAUUAGUAGCCUACUCAGUAUUAUAAACAAUGUGAUAGAGCUGAAAGAUCCGCGGUCAAGACUUGAAUCCCAUCAGGUGUUGAUCAGUAUUGAAAAAAAAGUCGUCCUGCAGAGGACCAGUGUGCUGCAGGACCAGGUGACCUCCCUCAUCAACAUGGUGCUGAAAAAGGGAGACUAUAGGUGCCUCUCAACAUGCCUCCUCGAUCCUCGAUCCUCGAGGGGCGUUCCCACUGAUCUAUAACUACCACUGGAUAGACUAUCCCAUUGUUUCCCCCCAUCAUGCUUUAUGUAGAUCAGUGAGGAUCGAGGCAUCGAGGAGCGAGGGAGGACGUAUAAACGCUGCAUGAGAGGCACCCACAGCGUGUGACAUCAUGCUCUCCCUGCUCAAAGAAUCAGAUAGCUGAAGACCUCGGCCUGCAGGAAGAAGUCAAUAUUGUCAGUGGGGCAUUUGUGUAGUGCACUGGUUGGUGUGGAUUAUAAAAUUAGAGUUGAAUGUCAUCUUCAUUAUACUCCAUUCUAUUAUAUUGUGCUCUAGUUUACUCUGAAUUCAUUCUGUAAUACCAACUGUUUCUGAAAUGUUACUUAACAGGUGCGCCCUGGCAUUUUUAUAUUUUUAAAUAUUGUAAACAAUGUGAUAGAGCUUUUCUGAAAGUGUUUGUGAUAUCUGAGGUGAGAACCACAUGUUUCCUUUGACUGCCCUUCAGUUUGUUGUAUAUGUGCCCCCUACAGGUGAGAGAGGAGUAGAAAUAGAAAUGCGAAGUUUGAGAAAUACUGAUUUGUGGUUUAAACUCUGAUUGAUCAUCAAUGCCUGAAAAACAAAUGUAAAAUAAUUGUAUUUUCUAUAUUGUAUUCUAUGUUAAAACAUCUUGAGUAAAU